CCUGGAAUUUCCUCUCGCGGCGUGCCCGCGGUCGCCCGAAGAUCUCCGGUUUCUGUUAGGAGGGGCGGGGAGGGUCUGGAAAAACUAACCCGGCUCUCGCAAAGCAAAACAAACGCUCGCCGUCUUAUUUUCUUAAACCGUCACCGGCAAUCCCCUAAUUGAGGGGACUGACUCAUGGCUUCUAAGCCCGGACCUGCUGGUGCGGUUGUGCGUUAGGCGCUGGCCGUUCUGCUGACUAUCGUGUGGGGCACGGGAAGGGCCUCUGCGCUCGGCUGCCGUCGGCGUAGCGCCCAAGGAUUGUGUUUCUAAGGUCUGUGAGGGUUGCAGACCGUGUACCCCUUCCUGCUGGCAGCCCUGCCCCGGCAGAGGUUGGAGCUGGGUGGUCUUUAAGGUCCCUCCCGACCCAAGCACACUACGAUUCUAUUAUUUCACAGGGCUGCUUCUUGUUUCCUGAAGAUGCGUUAAGUUCUUGGUUCUUCCCCUGGUUUUCUGUUUCUUUGAAUUGCUGUGCUUGCUGUAGCAGACGUUGCUCAUCUGAGUUCUUACGUAAGUUACUAUGAGUACUACAGCAUCCAGGCAGCGCUCCAAGCUGGCGUUCCUGGGCCAGUGUGUUCUGAGUUACAGCGGCAUUGAGAGAGUGCAGUGGCAGCAGCAGCCUGCAGGCACCACAGCUGAAUCGCUGGCUCCACCUGGGCAGUCGCUCUUGCCUUGAAGAAGCUGAGCUACUGUCAGCGAUUAAAGGUGGUUAACAGACCCCGGUAGCAUAAGAACCAGAGCAGAUAGCUGUAACGUGCUAGAAACCAGACGUUUAACAAAAAUAUAGGUGAAUCCCGAGGAGAGCCAUUCUUACAAGAAGGGCCACAGCCAUCCUAGACACACAGGACUAAUUAGGCAUAGGUAGCUCUGAAAGUAAUGUCUCCUGUUUAUUUCCAUGGAAACUACUACAGGUGCGAAGAGCACAAUAACGCUAUUUGAUAGAGCACAUACUCAGCUACAAAUCGCCGUUUGAUUUUAACAAUCACUACUGUUAGCUGUGCCCUUUUGCCAUACAAAUAAGAAAUCAGUUCAUAAAAGUUACCUGUUAAUUUGUUAUAGGGAGGUGUAACUUCCAAGUGUAGCUGUGGUCUGCCAAGCUUCAGUGACGUGCUCAAAAGCAGAUGGGUGUGGAUGUGUUGAGGAUGGAGAACUGUCACCUGCUGCAGGGGUGCUGUUUGCUCAGUCUUCUUCCAUUUGCCCUUUGGUGUGGGCCAGAAGAGUGACGGAAAAAGCAUUGCUGGGCUUUGCACCAGUCUUGCAGCAAGGGUAGGGCUGAGUUCUGAGAGUGUUUAGUAACUCCUUUCACAGUUCCUUCUCUAUGUUUUACACUGGCCUUUUCUCUGUGAACUGAAGUAGGAAGAUGAGAUGGAGGACUUUGAGUGGAGUUUCAGUUCUUCUUUAUUAGAGGCAUGCUCCUUACAGUGACAGAGCACGCACAAGCAUAGGGGAUGACUGCCAUGUGUCAGAGAAGGAAGAGAGUUGUGGGCUUUUGUGUUCUUCCUAUUUUCUGUGCCUCAUGGGAGGAUGGUGUAUCUAAUGCUCCUGCUCCCAACCUCCUCUGCUCUGAUUGUACGAAGGCUUUUCCUUUUUAGAAACCCAAUUUUAAGUUUUUUGGAAGUUUAUUGGAGCCGUGACCUCGCUGAAGAUCUGAGCUCUUUGCAAUGAGAAUCAGAGGAACAUGUAACCAGAUCAACAGCUCAUACAGCUACUGUGUAACAUACUUUGUGUAUAUGAUUCAUGUAACAUGAAUAUUCCAGAAAUUGUCUCCGGAUCAUCAGCAUAACAUUCUGGAUUAUUAAUGUAAGCAGCACAAAAUCUCAAACAUUCAAACAUGAAUGUAGAUAUUGAGGAUGUGUAAGGACUUCUGCCUCUUUUCUCCACUUUAAUUGAGUAUUGCUGCAUGAAAUACUGUGCAAUUGCUACAGCUGUGUCCCUUUUUAUUAGAAAACAGUGUCUUCUGAUCAUUGGUCAUCAUACUUCAUAGGCACAGACAAUUCAGAUGAGUUAUUCCUUCUGAUGAACUGUUGUUUUUUCUCCAUUUAAUAGCUUUAUCCCUUUCUUCUACAGUUACAUAUGGGUGUUUUUUGUUGUUUCAUCUUGUCCAUUUUUUUAGGAGACUGAAUUCAUACUCACCUUGGAGGUUACAAUGGCAUUUUACAGCUCUAUUUUGCUUACAGCUGAAGGUUUGGAAACAAAACAGCAGAAGUUUAACAUGCGAGAUGAGCAGGGUUGAGUUUUGCAAGUAUUAAGACCAACAGAGAAGUCACACUUCAGACUGUCAUCCAAUAGGUGCUGUGUGUGAGAGAUAUCUGCUUUUGUCAACAAGUGGUGUGGAUCUGAUGGAACUGUAACAUCUGGGUCACUGAGUCAGUCUCUCUGCUGCUUUCCAGGAAGAACUGACCUAACCCAGGCCUUUUGUUCUUUAAAAAGUAUUGUAAUAGAAGAACAAGGAUUAAGCCCUGCUUAAGAAGAAAGGUAUUUCACUGGAUGCAGCUGCUCAUCUCUUUGCCCUGGGACUGUCAGUCUCACUGCCUCACAUGUGUUUUCUGGCUGCUGCGCUUUGUGAGCUCAAACAGCACUGCAUGAAGGGUGCCCUGCGAAUUCUGACUACAACCAGUGACUGCGCUGCAAGGUAGAAGAAAAUUCAGAUACAACAUGGAUCAAGGAGCUCCAGAAUCCCACCAUGAUUUCUAGAGAUGUACCUCAGCAGCUGGAAACAUCAAACAGACACCAAUCUGUCCUCCAGCUGAGCUCAUACACGCUCUCGGGAGAUGGUGACUGCGGUUUACUACAGAGCUCUAAGAAGCUCAGCCCACUGCAGUGGAUUUAACUCAUCUUCCCCUAUGCUCCUAUGUUAGGUUUGAUAUAAUCCGAAGGAUAUUGACUCGUUUUUUUGAUACUGAAGUUAUCAUGGUGAUGGGGAUUACAGACAUAGAUGACAAGAUCAUAAAAAGAGCCAAUGAGAUGAAUAUAUCGCCAGUAGCUCUUGCUCGUAUGUAUGAAGAAGACUUUAAACAAGAUAUGGCAUCAUUAAAGGUCCUUCCUCCGACAGUAUAUAUGAGAGUGACUGAAAACAUUCCUCAGAUAAUUUCCUUCAUAAAGACAAUAAUUGCUAACGGGCAGGCUUAUGCAACUUCACAAGGCAAUGUUUAUUUUGAUGUCAAGUCUUGGGGAGAAAGGUAUGGAGUAUUAACUGCUGUUUCUGCUGAUACACAAAGUGAAGCAGUUGAUACCGAUAAGCGGCACGGUAGAGAUUUUGCCCUGUGGAAAGCUGCCAAACCUCAAGAGUUAUCCUGGAGUUCUCCCUGGGGAAAGGGAAGACCUGGGUGGCACAUUGAAUGCUCCACGAUAUCAAGUGCAGUGUUUGGAAAGCAGCUGGACAUCCAUACCGGUGGGAUAGAUCUCGCAUUUCCUCAUCAUGAAAAUGAAAUUGCGCAGUGCGAGGUGUAUCAUCAGUGUGAGCAGUGGGGGAAUUAUUUUUUGCAUUCUGGGCAUUUACACGUUAAAGGAAGUCAAGAAAAAAUGUCUAAGUCGUUAAAAAACUACAUAACAAUCAAGGAAUUUCUGAAGAAAUUCUCCUCGGAUCAGUUCAGGAUGUUCUGUUUGCGCAGCAGAUACAGCUCAGCUGUAGAAUUUAGUGAUGAGACCAUGAAUGAUGCCAAGAACAUUCUCCAGGCAAUCUCCUCGUUUAUUAGAGAUGCAAAUGCUUAUAUAAAAGGACAGCUGGUGUGUGACCCUGUUAGAGAAGAUGUACUGUGGGAAAGGCUGGCCAGCACAAAGGUAAACGUGAAGGCUGCAUUUGCAGAUGACUUUGACACCUCCAGGGCUGUUGCAGCAAUUAUGGACCUCAUUCACCAUGGCAACAGACAGCUUAAGGCUGUUACUAAGGAUGUUGGAUCUCCCAGAAGCUCGGUUGUGUACGGGAGCAUUACUUCCUAUAUAGAAAGCUUCUUUAAUGCCCUCGGGAUGUCCUUUGAAGAAAGGCAGGUGGCAGUGGGAGGAAGAAAUACAGCUCUGCUCUCCAAUGUGAUGGAUGAGCUCGUGAGCUUCCGCACAAAGGUUCGUAACUAUGCUCUUGUGCUGCCGGAAGCCACAGAGACUGUGCAAAUGGAGGAAGGUGCCGUGGGAGCAAAAGGACCAAAACAAGGACAGAAAGAGAAGAGACGGCAGUUGAUGCAGGAGAGAAAACCCCUCUUGGAGGCCUGCGACAGCCUGCGUGGGGACCUGGCUGCCUUUGGAAUCCACAUCAAGGUAAAAGACAGCUGCUCCCCGCGUGAGAUGGGCCUUGGUUUGUCAGGCAGCAUCCGGUUGUGCCCUUUCACAGCUCCCAUUGCCGUGCUACAGCAGCAGUAGCAGGAGGCAGCUAAUGGCCUGUCCUGAUCCUCAGCCUUGUGUCCCCGUGCAAGCUGUAGCUCCUUCUGCAGCUGCCAAGGGAGUGUUGUUCUGCCGCUGAAAAUCCCAUUGUGUUCAGAAAUCCUGAAAUUGUCCCAGUUCCAUACAGCAGAAGGGCUGGGAGCGAUGUGUGCUGUUUUAAAAAGACUGAAGAGGAACAGGAAAGUAAACUGAGGUGACUGGUGGAAAUAUUGCCUCUACCUACACACCCAUAUCAAAAGGGUAGGUCCUCACCGGAGGGUCUGUUCCUCACUCUUGAGUUGUACAUACUUUCCCUGGUUCCUGUACCACUUCUCUCUCCGUGGUGCAUUCUGUUCUUAGUCUGUUCCUAAUACCAGUCUUCUCCUUUUGCAUUACCCUGACUGUGCUCAAGAGAAGUCCCCUAAUUGGGUUGCUACCUCCUCCUGGUUUCAAGAUGCUGCAUUGCUGCUUCAGGGGGUGCUGCUGCUUCCAGCUCUGUUCUCACCUCAGCUUCAGGCUUUUUAUAUGCAGAAUCGUGCCUGCUUUGCUCAGCAGUUCACUCUGCUCCUUGCACGUGAGCCGUGCUCAGUGUCCUUGUGUUGUUUUACCACUGGGCAGGUACAAAGCAGGAUCACGUCAGGGGGUGACCACAGGCAUCCCUGGUAAUUGCUGAGCGUGAGAGGCAAUGUCAGUGCUGCCAUUAAAAGCAGGCGGGAGCUGUGGUCAGCUCAGGAUCUCAGAUGGAAGCCAGCGUGCUGCUAAGUGCUGGGCUGAGGGACAGAGCACCCCGGUGCUGAACUGCAGCUGUGAAAGCAGAGGAAGCCGUGGGAAGCUGGAAUAUUUGCUUCCCUGUAUGUCCACGACUGCCUUCUGCUCAACCUCCAUUCUGUAGGGCUCUUCCGAGACUGCUGGAGGUGCAGCACAAGGGGUUCCUCUGUGUGCUGAAACUGACCCAGCACCCCUUGAGGGGUUUGGGCAGGCAGGGAGGGCUCAGCUGCUGCAGGCUGUAGUAGCAGCUCAGAGGGUGCUUAUAAGUGAAUUCAGUGAAAGUCAGAUUUGAAGAAAGGGCGAUUUCUUCAACUGAUCGAGUUUAUGACAUCUGCAUGCUGUCUUUCAUGUCGCUCAGUGCACGUGAGGUUUGUCUGAAUUACAGAGCUUCAAGCAACCAGAUGGAAAUAUCCAUCAACCUACUGCUACCAAGGGCGUUCCUGGGGGAUGGCAACCACCACCUCUGUUCCCUGUUUGAUUAAUGGCUUUGCUGCACAAGGGCGAUGUAGUAAAAUAAAUAAGGAAAUAAAUUUGAACCCUCUCAGAACUGCACAUGGUGCAUUGUGUGGCACCCAGACCCAGUGUGAGGCAGAUACAGACCCUUUGUGAUCCCAGCUGCUAGGCCUGACCCACUGCUUGUUCUUGCAGGACAGAAGCACAGCUUCGACGUGGGAAAUGGCAGAAGGUGGGCGAGCAGAGCAGCAGGCUGAGGAGAAAAGCUGAGCCUUCAACGCUGGGCUUGUGCUUUAACUGCUGUGUUGUGAAUACUGCUGCUAUCCUAAUAAAGUAGAAGGCGUCAUCUUUUCA